GUUGCGUGGCAGUGCAGUGCCGAGGUCGCCUCUCGGUUGGAGGGUUGCCAUACGAUCAGUCCCUCACUGACAAGCGUAAGAAACACUCAACCCUCGAGGCACCGCCGCAUCGCACCGCUCUCUUGGAAUAGUCUAAGACCCAUAGGUCCUGCCAAGAUGCUGAACAUCCCGGGCCUGGCGGGCAUCAUCGUCUUCUAUCUGCUCAUCCUCGGCAUCGGCGUGUACGCGGCAUGGAGGCGGCGCAACAAGGGCGACUUGCCCGAGGAAGUCAUGCUUGCAGGACGCUCCAUCGGGCCCCUGGUCGGCAUCCUCACCAUGACUGCGACAUGGGUGGGAGGCGGCUACAUCAACGGCACGGCGGAGAAGGUGUACGAAAAGGGCCUCAUCUGGUGCCAGGCGCCCUUUGGCUACGCGCUGUCCCUCGCUGUUGGCGGGCUGUUCUUCGCCAAGCCCAUGCGCGAGGCGGGCUACGUCACCAUGCUGGACCCGCUGCAGCAGGCCUUCGGGCGGCGCAUGGGCGGACUCCUCUACUUCCCGGCGCUCAUGGGUGAAACCUUCUGGUCGGCGGCCAUCCUCUCCGCCCUGGGCUCCACUCUGGCGGUCAUCCUGGACAUCGGCAACACCGUAUCCAUCCUCGUGAGUGCCGCCAUCGCCGUCUUCUACACAAUCUUCGGCGGCCUCUACUCCGUCGCCUUCACAGACGUCGUCCAGCUCUUCUGCAUCUUUAUCGGCCUGUGGAUCACCGUGCCCUUCUCCAUGAUGCACGAGUCGGUGGGUUCCCUCGCCCUCAACGAAACCAACUGGCUGGGCUCCAUCGAGCCCUCCUCGCCCGAAUGGGGCCUCUGGAUUGACUACUGGCUCCUGCUCAUCUGUGGAGGCAUCCCUUGGCAGGUGUACUUCCAGAGGGUGCUGUCCUGCCGAACUCCGUCCCAUGCCAGGAUGCUAUCCUUCGCGGCGUCCUUCGGGUGUCUCCUGAGCGCCGUGCCAGCCUGCAUCAUCGGCGCCGUCGCCAAGGCCACAGACUGGACCAAGACUGAUUUCGGCCACGCCCCCGAGGGCUACCAAGUGAAGCUGGUCCUGCCCCUCGUAAUGCAGUACCACACGCCGACGUGGGUGGCCUUCCUGGGUCUGGGCGCCGUCAGUGCAGCGGUGAUGUCCUCGGCCGACUCCUCCGUUCUCUCCGCCUCGUCCAUGUUUGCCAGGAACAUCUACAAAAACGUCUUCAAGCAAUCGGCCAGUGACCGCGAGGUGAUCUGGGUGAUGCGCGCCAGCAUCGUCGUCGUGGCCGCCAUCGCCUGCACCAUCGGCAUCCUCAUCCACAGCAUUUACUACCUCUUUAAGCUGUGCGGGGAUCUGGUGUACGUGAUCCUCUUCCCACAGCUGCUCAUGGUCGUCCACUUUCGGGACUACGUCAACACCUACGGCUCCUUCGUGGCCUUCUGCCUUGGGCUGCUUGUGCGCCUCCUCGGAGGAGAGCCGUACAUCGGAGUGCCGGCCACCAUUCACUACCCCUUCUACAACGAGGAGACGGGCGAGCAGUACUUUCCCUUCCGCUCCGUGGCUAUGCUGGUGUCCCUCACGAGCCUCAUCACCGUCUCCGCCGUCGCCAAAGCAAUCUUUAAGCACGGCCUCCUGCCAGCCAGGUAUGACGUGUGCAGGUGCUUCAGCCAAGGGCCCGAGCACACCAGCGAGAUGGAAGAGCUGGCAAACGGGAAUCUGGCUAAGAACAAGAGCCUCCCAGAGGUGCAGACCAAGGAGGAAGUGUCCCCGCUGAAGGCAGCUGAGAAAAACCUAUACAUCCCCAAUGAUCAAGUGAUAAACGGCGUCUAGCUCCAGACCGGAGACGCUAGACGGGAAUGGAUCUUUGGCACUCGAUUGGAUACGUUUGGGACCGCGCUGGGCAACCUCCUACGACGCGGCUCCUGAGGAGGUGAUCGGCCAACUCUCGAAGACUUGUAUUGAUCUACCAGUGUUAGCGGCGCUGCCUCAAGUGUACUGCAUAGUGUUGCGUCAUAUGCUGGGGAGGUACACACAGGCUGCAAUAUUGUCACUACCUGUCAAAGGACACAGCUCAUGAGAAAACAUUUUGUACUCUUCCCGCAGCUACUACUUUCACCUUCUCGUUUAGUUAGGAUGCUACUUUAAAGUUCUGACCGAGAUCUAGGAGUGGCUUUGCAUCGGGGAGACGCUCGAGAAUAUCGAGAAGAGUCGCGCUGCCAGGGUUGCUGUGAAUCGGGACCAAUAUGGGGCUCUGUUUUGUAGGACUAGAGCUCUCCUGAAGAGGGACAAGAAGAACGUCAGGAGUCUCGCUGAGGAUCUCGAGGGCCAUAUCAAUGCAUAUGACCUCCGACCUACUUACCGAGCUCUGAAAAAGCCCCGCUUCGAGGCUCCCUCUCAGGUGAGCUCUAUCCAAACAGCAGAUGAUUGCCUUGUAUCAGACAUGGAUGGGCAGAGGGCUCGUUGGGCUGAGCAGUUGUACAUGACAGACCCGUCGAUAGGGUAGCUUCCAGCUGCUGGGAUGUAGGAGGCGGAUGCUGAUCUAUACCCAUCGACAAAAGCCUAUCAUCUCUUGACGAGGUUGUGGAAAGGUUGAGGGGUGGAAAGGCACCUGGUAGUUGUGACAUAGGUGCGGAGCUGCUCAAAGCUGGAGGUGAGGCUAUGAUCAGCGGGUUGCAUACGAUCCUGACUGUCGUAUGACAAUCUGGUAUCAUUCCUUCUGAAUGGAUGAAGGGUCUGGUUGUCCAACCUGAAAAAGAGAAGAGAACAGCCAGGACUACAACAACUAUACCGUGGUAAUACGCUGCUCGGUGUGCCCGCAAGGUGCUUGCCCACCUAUUGCUGAUGCGAAUUCGCACUCAGCUGCUGAAGCUGCAGAGACCAGGGCAGUCUGGGUUCACGCCUGAUAAGUCUACAAGUGACCGUAUCCUAGCGCUUCGCGUACUGGUGGAGCGCCGACACGAGUUUCGACAGGGGAUGCUUGCAGCCUAUGUCGAUCUCAAGAAGGCGUUUGAUUUAGUGCACCGCGAGGCACUCUGGGAUCUCCUGUGACUCAGCGGAAUUCCUGCAAGGACCAUUGGUCUACUGACUGGAUUGUACUUGACUAAGAGGACUGCGAAGUGUAGGAGGGACGUGUCCAGCUUCUUUCCCGUGAACGCGGGAGUGAGCCGGGGCUGUGUAUUCGCUCCAUCACUUUUCAGCACUUGUAUGGACGGUUACUAGACAGGGUUGUGGAUCAGAGUCAUUGUGGAGGAUCUGUUGGCAACACCAGGGUCACUAACCUUGUUUUUGCCGAUGAUGCAGUAAUCCUUACGAAGUUACCAGAGGUUAUGGUGAUGGUUUUUUGAGUCGCUGAACGAAGAAGAGAAGUCCUUAGGACUCCAGGUCUCCUGGACCAAGACCAAGGUACAGGUAUUUGGAGGCUUACUAAAUGAAACAGUACAGUCUGUUCAUGCAUGUGACGAGGACAUUGAUAUCUUGGAAAAUCUCGCAUACCUUGGUAACGUAGUUUAGAAUAGGAGGGUCUCAUGAGGAAGUCUUGCCCAACGGUGUUAUGGACUCUCAGCACAGUAUAUGGCGUUGUCGAUACUUGUGUAGAAGGAGAAAGAUCCGGUCUUCAAGUCACUUGUGCUCCCUGUCUUACUCUAUGGCUGUGAGACAUGGAUACUGAAUAGUGACUUGAAGAGGCAGAUUGAUGCCUUUGGUAAUAAUUAAUACGUGACAAGUGACUACGUAGCAUCCUGGGAUAUCGCUGGAAUGAUUGUGUGUCAAACGGCGAUUACUCCGUGAGAUUAAUUAUUACCUGAAUAGUCCGUGACAGCCAACUCCGGCUAUACGAGCAUGUUGCACGCUACCCAGAGGCCGACCCCACUCACCGAGUUGUUUCUGUAAGAGACAACCCCGAGUGGAGGAGGCCAAAGGAACAGGAACGUAUACAGAGUUCAUGACUCAAAGCAAGUCCAUAGAUCCUGCCAUAAGGUACUUGGGAUAGGAAGACGGCCCCCAUGAAGGCUUGCCCGGAGAAACCCCCGGGUUUGGCGUCAUAGGGUGGGUGAGGCAACGUACCCCCGGUGUAUGCUCCCAUUGAUUGAUGUUGGGCUUGGAAGGUAGCAUACAAAGUAUCUGAUAAUCCUUUAAAUGCGUAGUUCGUCAGGAUUUGUUGAAACUUAUAGGGGAAAGGAAAUGUAUAUAAUUAAUGUUAAGUUUUGAACUCUUGUAACACAAUUCUAUACAUUUUGGUUUAUAGGGACACGUGAGCUUAGUGACAUAAGGGAUCAAGCUGUAUAUCUUGCUUUGAGUGUCUAGCGUGAGUGUUGCGACGCGUGCCAUGGUGCGGAUGAUGAGUCCAGGUGGGGCAGUGAGUGUGCCAACCACCUUAGCUAUGAUGAGUGAUAGUGUUAUCUUUUAGGAGGUUCCUUACACUCGCUUUACCCCAAAACUUUUCCCCCAGCAUUUUUAGUAUCAAGAUUUAGUAUCUAGGCGGCACCUCCUUAGAGGAUGAAGUUUCUGCAGAGAGAAUUUAGAUUUUUUUCAUACCUUGACGAGGCUUGACCAAAACAAAUGGAGAUGAAUUUACUAAUAUAAAUUUGAAUUUUCAUUUCAUCGUGAUAUUUUUUUCUUAAUUAAGUAGAUCGUUCAUUUCCGAUUGUCCUGGUCCAGUGCUCCCUGUGUCCGUCGAGGCUUGGGAGGGGUCGAGUCUUGGGUGGGGCAAGGUGGGUCCGGCAGAACAUGGAUGUGGUCACUGGUCUUGUCUCCUGGUACAAACACUACGUGAGGGGGUAAGUCUGCUGUUGGUAAGGCACCACCCUCGGCAUGUAUACCUUUUGAUAAUAACUCUCUCUCUCUCUCUCUCUCUCUCUCUCUCUCUCUCUCUCUCUCUCUCUCUCUCUCUCUCUCUCUCUCUCUCUCUCUCUCUCUCUCUCUCUCUCUCUCUCUCUCUCUCUCUCUCUCUCUCUCUCU